CUUUAAAAAUUUUGCUUGCAAUUAAUAAUAAUAUUUUCAAAUGUUACUCAAUAAAGAAAACUUUUGAUACAAUACAAAGAAUAUUGCGUUUUUAGUAGUUUAAAAUAUAUUUUUUUAAAGCGGAAUAUUUUAGAUCCAAAUAUAUUAAAAUAUAGGAAAAAUCAAAAUUAAUAUUGCACAAUUUAAAUUUUUAUACAAUAUGUCCCAAAAUUAUCUUAUAGUUAGUUAUACAUCAUUACGAAUCAUCAAUAAUUAAAUUAAAUCAAUCAUUUAUAUUUUUUGUAACAAGAUGAGUAAUAUAGAAUGAUUCACAUAGUUGAUACACUUAUCAGAUAUGUUAUCAAGACUGUUUAUAGAUAUCUUCUCUACUAUUAAACGUGCAACCGUUUAACUGUACCUUGAGUGUGAAAUCAGUAUUCAAUAUUAUAAUGUUUAACAUUUUUAUAUUGUUACUUUUAUUUUUGUGCAAACAAUGUUUAUGUGACAUAUGUAAAACCUGCUUAUGUUCUACUACAAGUACAGGCUCAAUUAUUAAUUGCCGUAACAGAUAUUUAGGAAGAAAUGAAAUCCUCAAUUUUGAUCUUUUUACUCUAAAUCAAGAUAGAUCAAUAAACAAACUUAUUCUUUCAAAAAACAAUAUAGUGCUCCUACCCAUAAAUGAAUUAAAAAAUUUGAAAUAUUUGAAAAGAUUGGAUUUAUCUCAAAAUCAACUAAAUAAUAUGCCUCCAGACAUUUUUAAGUAUUUACAUAAACUCGAAGAUUUAGAUUAUUCUCACAAUUUACUAUGGCAUUUUGAUAUUUUUACUUUAAACAGAUCUCCUUUUCUUUCCAAACUUAAUUUAAGCCAUAAUCAAAUAAAUAAUUUGGAGAGAAGCUCAGAAAAUGCAAUAACUAAAUUGAAAAUUCUUGAUGCAGCUCACAACAAUCUUGUUGAUCUGAAUUUUCUUGAUGGUAUGCCAGAAUUGGAAUACUUGGAUCUCUCUUUCAAUAAAUUUAUCACUCUUCCAACCAAUUCAUUACUUUAUAUGCAACAUUUAAAAAUCCUUCAUAUUAGUAAUAAUAAUCUUCUUUCUUUAAAUUUCCAAAAUUUUCCACCAUCAUUGUUGGAACUUUAUGCAGAAAACAAUCUUAUUAAUACCAUAUUAUUUCAAAAAUUACCAAUUAAUAUCUUAAAUAUUCAAAACAAUAAUAUUUCUAAUAUAUAUGACAACAUAACAUUAUUAGAAUUAAAAAAUUUAAAUAUUAGUAAAAAUUCUUUAUCAGACUUUCCGAAUGUUCCUUUAAGAACUUUAGAAACGCUGGAUGUAUCUUUUAAUCAUUUAACAAUAAUUCCUGAAAGUAUUUCUAUUAAAAAUUUUCCAAAUUUACGAAUUUUUAAAGUCGAUGGGAAUCGUUUGAAAGAUAUAAAAAUUCGAUCUGAAUUGAAUUUGGAAAUAUUUGAAGUAAAAUUUAUAGAAACGAUUGAAGAAAUUGACAAAGAAAUGUUUUUAAUGCUAAAAGAGAAGAAAAACAGUUGUAUUAAUGUGAUUAUUUCGAGUAAUACAAAGUUGAAUAUGAUUCAGAAAAAUGUUUUUCAACAUAUGAAUAUUUGCUCUCUAGAUUUGAGCAAUAAUCGCUUUAGUCAUUUGCCAGCAGAACUAUUUAAUACAAAUAUUCACAAUAAAAGCGUUUCAAAUCUAAAUUAUUUUAUCAAUCUUCAAGGAAAUCCAUUUGUUUGUGAUUGUUCGUUGCAAUGGAUGUUGAACGAAUUAGUCCCAAAACUUUACACAAUAAAUCCUAAUCUUUUGGAAAAUUUGAGAUGUGCUGGUCCACCUCUGUUAGCUAACAAAAGAAUGAUCCAUUGGUACGAAUGGAAAGGAGAAGUCUUUUGUGACAAGUUUUCCGAUUUCGCAGAGAGAAUGACUGUUAAUGUUGCGAGUAUUUCUGGUAAACAAGUUGUUACAUUCAAAACUGGUCCUGGAAUGAUCGCUAUUCUGGCUACAGCGAUAGCUGUGCUCACAAUUUUAACAGUGAUCGGUAUUGUAUUAUCUCGAAGAAUGAUUGCGAAGAAAAGACGAAUCAAUCGUAAAUUUUAGAUAUUUUUAUUUUAUUUUUAUAAAAACAUGAAGACUGUCAUUGGGAAAAAAUAUAAAAUAUUUUUUAUUAUUUUCUCUCAGCACAACUUACAUGACAUGUAAUUUAUGUAGUUCUUGCAAAAAUUUCCUAAAUUAGCUAUCAUAAAUUAUAAUUCUUUUCUAAUUUUGUUAUAAUAUUUAUAACAAGAAUUGAUUUGCAAUAAAACAUAAUCAACAAUUUCUUAAUAUUAAUUUACAUAAAUAACAAAAAUGUGAAUUUUUGUGGACACACGUAUGCUUUGGUAUAUAAAAGUUAACUUGCUCGGUAAAAAUAAUAACUUACUUUAUAUAAUGUA